AUGGCGUCUCCCGAUCCUGGCCAUAUUCUCGAGAAGCAGGCUGAUCCACGUCCUGACCCUCACAUCGACCACCCCAAUCAGCCCGAUGGUAAAUCUCCCGGUGUGGCUCGGAUCGAGGCCAUCGCCGGCUGCCUGACUCCAGUCACCCGCACAAUCCUCUUUCUGGGCAUCUUCAUUCUGGGUUAUGCGUUUGGCCUGGAUGCGGUGCUACGCGGCGUCUAUCAAACCUACGCCACCGCAAGCUACGACAAUCACUCGCUGCUUUCCACGGUCAACGUCAUCCGCACCGUCUUCGCGGCUGCCGCCCAGCCCACGUCAGGCAAGCUCGCGGAUGCCUUUGGUCGCGUCGAGAUCCUCAGUCUGUCCAUCGUCCUGUAUCUGGUCGGCACCAUUGUCGAGGCGACUUCCACCGGUCUCGCUGCAUUUGGCGCCGGCGCGGUCCUCUACACCCUUGGUUUCACCAUCGUGCAGACGCUGGUCGACAUCCUCAUCGCCGACGUGACGUCUACCCGGGUGCGGCUGCUGGCCACCUACGUUCCCAACCUUCACUUCCUCAUCACAGCCUGGGUGUCUGGCAAUAUCUCGUCGGCCGUCCUGGGCGUCACCUCCUGGAAAUGGGGUGUCGGUAUGUGGUGUAUCAUCUUCACCGUGUGUGUGGCUCCCGUUAUUACCACGCUCAUUUUCCUCUCCCGUCGCGCUGCUCACAAUUCUCCCGCCUCAAUGGCCGUCCGGUCUGUCCCCUUGAACCGGCUUUUCUGGCAGCUGGACGUUCCCGGUAUUGUCCUCUUGGUUGCGUCGCUCUCCCUGGUGCUUACUCCGCUUACCAUCGCCGGGGGUGAGAGUCCCAAAUGGCGUUCGGCUCAUGUGCUCGCCCCGCUGGUUGUCGGGGUAUGCUGUGUCCCAGCGUUCAUUGUCUGGCAGCUCCGAGCACCGCACCCGCUGGUCCCCUUUCGUUUUCUCCGUGACAGGGGCGUGUGGGGUCCGCUGGCAAUCGCCACGAUGAUGAACUUUGCCUACAUGAUGCAGGGGAACUAUCUCUACACUGUGCUGAUUGUCGCUUUUGACUUUUCCAUUACGGCGGCAACCAGAAUUGCCACGCUGUACAUGUUCACCUCUUUCCUCGUGGGGCCGAUCUGUGGAGCCCUGGUCUACCGUGUCCGGCGGCUAAAAUACUUCAUUGUUACCGGUGCCGUGCUCUUCCUCGUCGGCUUUGGUCUGCUUAUCCGGUACCGCGGCGGCGAAGAGGGCUACACCAAGGCCGGAGUCAUCGGGGCGCAGGUGGUCCUGGGAAUUGCAGGCGGCCUCACGCCAUAUGCAUCGCUGGCCUCGCUGCAGGCGUCGCUCGCCCACGAGCAGCUGGGAGUCAUCACGGGGCUUUUCCUCGCGUUCCACAGCAUUGGGGAUGCCCUGGGCAACAGUGUCGCGGGCGCCAUCUGGACGCAAGUCCUGCCGUCGGCUCUCGCCUCCCGGCUGGCCACGCAGCCGAACGGUACGACCCUCGCUGCGUCCGUCUAUGGCAACCCGUUCGCUGUCGUCGCCCAGUACCCCGUUGGAACCGAGACUAGGAGCGCGAUCAUUGCCAGCUACCAACACGUGCAGCGCCUGCUCUGCAUUACCGGAUUAUGUCUUUGCAUCCCGCUGAUUGCUCUAGCAUUUUGCCUGCGUGAUCCUCCAUUGAACAAUGCCCAGUCUCUUGUUGAGGAGCACGGCCCUGUUACUUCAGAGAAGAGGCCACGAGAACCUUAG